GCUUUCGCCACAUUCGCUAUAUGUAUCACACCACACCUGCUAUAUCACAUUGCAUCAUGACGACCUGAAUCUCGAUCAAUUCAGCAUUGCAAAACGCAUGUCCUGGGCGUUCAACCGACAAACAACGCGGCCUGAGGAUAUGGCUUACUGUUUAUUGGGACUAUUCGACGUUCAUAUGCCCCUCUUAUAGGCGAAGGUGGAGAGCGGGCCUUUUUCCGACUCCAAGAGGAGAUUCUAAAACGUUCAAUUGAUCACUCUAUCCUCGCUUGGGACAAUAGGAAGAGGCGUCGCUACAGAGGACCUAUUGCAAGCAUGCCAAUUGAGUUCUGCGAUGGGGCCAAGAUUGUAACGGUGAACUCAAACAGCGCACCCUUCGAAAUGGCAAACAAAGGGUUACGAGUACAGUAGCCGCUGAUCAAUGUCCACAAGACUAAAGGAAAUGUGAUUGCAGUUCUCCACAACUACCGCUACGAAGACGAGUUCAGAGGCCCACUUGGGAUUGUGCUCAAGCCACUCGAAUCCAUUCAUGUCUAUUGUCGCAAAAUUGAACCACUCCAGGUCGUAGAUCUCGAUGUUUCGCUCAAUACCGAAUUGAGAACAAUUUACAUCACUUCUCAACUUUUAAAU